AAGUUCAACCAAAAUUUAUUAUUUUUUUGUGCUUUUGCUUUUUCUGUGACAUAGAUAUCCCGAAAUCAUUUAUUGUUUGUCGAUCAUUCUAAUAAGACGCGUAUGAGUUGUUUGAUCGAUAUAAGUACACCGUUUUAGUUAGGUGGUUAUACCAGUUAUAGUGAACAAAAACAAGUAAUAACAAAUUUAAAUACAAUCAGUGAGAUAAUUAUAGAUUAAACCUAAUGGAAAAACAUCUGCCUGGAGUGGAUUGUUUAGGAACUAGUUCAAAUGCUGAAGAAGACACGGUUCACUCGUGGUACGACUUAAUUCAAAACCUCACGGUUCCUCACUUGGACGUGAUGCAAAAUGAGUUUCAAAACAAAAACGACGAUAAAACCCUCACAAAAGAAGAGUUUUUUAACACUGUUAACGCCAUUUUCGCCAAUACGGAGUAUUCGCAAGCGAGCAUUGCAUUAUACGAGCAAAUCGCAAAAAAUGGGGAACCACAAAUUACUUGGAGUAAAUUUGUGGAAUUUUUUUUACAAAAUUUAAUGCCUGCGGAUCACCAAACUAUCAAUUUCCAAGUAUCGAGCAUUAUUGCCAUUCCUCAGACUAAGAGAGAAACGAUAAUUAAAAUUGUGCGAAUAGAAACCGAAAAAUAUUUUUGCUACGCUAUGAUAUCCAAACACGGCAGAGUCGGUUUAUAUGAUGGCAAUCUUAAUUUUUUAACAACAUAUCAGUUGAUAAUGACCCGAGAGGAUAUUCAUCGGAAGGAAGAAGACCGAAGACGGAGGAACCGGUGGGUCACUGACGCAAUUUUUUGCGCUGAUGUUUUAAUGUUUAUUGCCACUAAUACGGCACGGAGUGUGGUAAUUUAUGAAGCUUCCGGACUUAAACACGUGCCACUGUAUCUUGUUUUGAGUACACCUAACAUUGUUCAAUGCUUUGCUUACAAAAGCAGCAUUUGUGACGAAAAUGGCCAAAGUACGCUUUUUAUGGGAGAUGACAAAGGCACGGUUUUUUCUUUUACAUUUUUGCAGCCCAAAGCAGCACUUUUGAGGAAAAAACACAACGACAGAAUUAAUUUAUUCUACUGGGAUGAGUUACCAGAUGAAAGUGAUUACGUUGUUGUUAAACGUAACGGGCGUCUACAUCAAGAGAGUGUCAAAUGGCUUGUAUAUUUUAAUGAUAAUGAAACUCUUAUUUCUUGCAGCAAAGACUCAAAUGUGUCAAUAUUAAUACAUUAUAUCGGAAAUAAAAACAAGCCGUACAUUUUCAAGAUACAAAAAGGUUGUAACUGUUUUGCAUUAAGCAGAAUACGUAAGAUACUAGCCACAGGAAGCGAAAAUUCUGUUCUGAGAUUGUGGAACCCUAUUAUUACCUCAAAACCAAUCGCAAUUUUGAAAGGACAUCAAGCACCGAUUAUGGACGUUAAAAUAUUGGAUAAACUAAAUUUACUUAUUAGUUGUUCAGCUGAUGCAAUGUUUAAAUUAUGGGAUUUGGAAAAACAAAAGUGCAUUCAAAGUUUUUCUAUCAGUUUCCCGUCUUUUAAAGUGUUUGGAAAAUUAAUUGAAUGGGGAAUUGAAUGCAUUUAUCCCGGCCCUAAACGCACUUCCUUUAAUGAGAUUGAGAUCGAACUUUUUGAAAGAUCACCACUGUUAAUCACUUGUUGCAAUCACAUCGCUGUUAUUAAAAUAGUAAAUCAGAGCAACGAAAUACAGAAAAUUGUUGAAUCGCAAGUUUUGCCUCCACCUCCUCUACAAAAUAGUGUUUUGAUUCCAAAAAUGUGGAGAACGUCUGAUAGUCCCGAAACAAUAAAUAAAGAAGAACAGUUUGAAGAAGCAAUUGAUGACAAAUUUCUCAAAGAAAAAAUAAAAGAGUUGGAAUUUAUUCUAAAAAAAGACCUGUUUGCAAAUGAUGGCUCAAGUAAGAGCGAUAUCAAUUUCAAAAUUGCGACAUUAGAGCGAAAAAAAGUGCAGAUGCGAGAAAACGUUGCACGCGGUGCUCCCUAUUUAGCCCUGGAGCUACCCGAAGUGAGCGACCUAUACCUAACACCAAACUUGCCCGUCCCUGACAAAAAGAAAACGAAAAAUAUUGUGGAAAAAAUCGAGAAAGUUUUACAAGACGCCAGUUACAAGGACUUGGUAUUUUCGGAACCCUCCUCCAGCCGCUCGCCACGGUCCUCACGAAGCAGUGUUAUUGAAUUUGACUAGUAUCACUGUAAUAAAAAUUUUUGUAAUAAAAAUUAAAAUUCA